AGUUCGUGCACUAGCAUGGCUCGAAUUGCAGCCGCCACAUGGGUCAAUUACUCCUCUCCCCCAUUCCCAACUAAGUCUUCUUCUUCACCUUCGGUUGAAUUGGGCUUCAAUGGGCCCAGGAAAAACCCCGGCGGAAUCACUUGCUCUCUCCGAACGCCCCCCAAACUCCUCCUCCCCAAGAAAUCUUCGACACCCCAACCGUCGACGACCGCCGUUGCCGCUCCUCCCUCCACUUCGAAGCCUCGUAGCGAAGAAACUCCGGCACAAUGGAACUUGUUACAGAAACUCGCGUCCAUGGCCUUAGACGCCGUUGAGAACGCCCUCGUCUCCCAUGAGCUCGAGCACCCGCUCCCCAAGACGUCCGACCCGCGGGUCCAAAUCUCCGGCAACUUCGCUCCCGUGCCCGAGCAGCCCGUCCAACGCUCGCUCCCUGUGGCCGGACAGAUCCCUGAUUGCAUCCGAGGCGUGUACGUGCGGAACGGGGCCAACCCGCUCUAUCAGCCGGUUGCUGGCCACCACUUGUUUGACGGCGACGGCAUGAUCCAUGCAGUCCAUUUUUCUGAUGGCUCCGCCAGCUAUGCCUGCCGCUUCACCAAGACACACCGCUUUGUCCAAGAGCGGGCCCUCGGUCGCCCGAUCUUCCCCAAGUCCAUUGGCGAGCUCCAUGGCCAUUUUGGCAUCGCCAAGCUCCUUCUUUUCUACGCACGAGGGGCCUGCGGCCUCCUCGACCACGGCCACGGCAUUGGUGUUGCCAACGCGGGCCUCGUCUACUUCAAUGGCCGCCUGCUCGCCAUGUCGGAGGACGACCUGCCCUACCAUGUCCGCGUCUCUGCCGCCGGAGACCUCGACACCGUCGGCCGUUACGACUUCGGCGGCCAGCUGGACUCCACGAUGAUUGCCCACCCAAAGCUCGACCCCGUCUCAGGCGAGCUCUUUGCCCUCAGCUAUGACGUCGUCCGAAAGCCCUACCUCAAGUUCUUCCGCUUCUCGCCGGACGGGAGGAAGUCGCCAGACGUUGAGAUCCCCCUCGCGGAGCCGACGAUGAUGCAUGACUUCGCGAUCACCAAGCGGUUCGUGGUGAUACCAGACCAGCAAGUGGUGUUCAAGCUGAAUGAGAUGGUCCGCGGUAGAUCUCCAGUGAUCUACGACAAGGUCAAAACGCCGAGGUUUGGAAUCAUGGACAAGUACGCCAGCGACGCAUCCGGAAUCCGGUGGAUCGACGUGCCGGACUGCUUCUGCUUCCACCUCUGGAACGCCUGGGAAGAGCCGGAGAGCGAUGAGGUCGUCGUGAUCGGCUCGUGCAUGACGCCACCGGACUCGAUCUUCAACGAGCAGGACGAGAGCCUGAAGAGUAUCUUGUCCGAGAUCAGGCUCAAUCUGAAGACUGGCAAGUCGAAGCGGCGUCCGAUCAUAUACGACGGGAGGGAGCAAGUGAACUUGGAGGCGGGAAUGGUGAACCGGAACAGGCUCGGGAGGAAAACCCGGUUCGCGUACCUGGCCCUGGCCGAGCCAUGGCCGAAGGUGUCGGGGUUUGCGAAGGUGGACCUGGCGACGGGGCAAGUCCGCAAGUUCAUGUACGGAGAGCAGAGGUACGGCGGCGAGCCCAUGUUCCUGCCGAGGGAGGCGAGCUCAGGGAGUGGGGGAGAGGACGACGGGUACGUGUUGGCGUUCGUGCACGACGAGAAGGAGUGGAGGUCGGAGCUACAUAUCGUGAACGCCGCGACUCUGGAGCUGGAGGCGACGGUGGAGCUCCCGUCGCGAGUGCCCUACGGGUUCCACGGGACGUUCAUCAGCGCCAAGGAUCUGGCGAAGCAGGCUAUUGAUUGAACCAAGAAAUCAAAAUUGAGGAAGGAGGAUUUUGCAGAGGGAUGGUUUGCAAAUACGUCCCCGGGAAUCUUCCUCGCAGUCGCAAGAGGAACAUCUACCUAUUUUCGUUGGAUGUUAUUCGGUAGACUUGUCUUUUU